UCGGUCAUGUGAUCACCUGUGUCCAAUCACAGCUGAUCACAUAGCACUGAUGAUCAGUGUGUCCUGAUGAUCUGUGUAGCCCCAGCAGCACCACCUGUCAGUGUCCAUCAGUGCCAGCUCUCAGUGCUCAUCCAUGCCACCUGCCGGUGCCCAUCAGUGCCACAUUUCAGUGCCCAUCUGUGCCACAUCAAUGCCACAUAUCAGUGCCCAUCUGAGAUGCCUUUCAGUGUCAUCCAUCAAUGCCACCUAUCAAUGCCAGUCAGUGCCACCUAUCAGUGCUGCCAAUCAGUGCAACCUAUCCGUGCCAGUCAG